AUGGCAGACAAAGAGCUCACACCUGAGCAAGAAGCCGCCGCCCGUGCGAAGGAAGCUGAAGAACAGGCCGCCCUCCCCUACAAAUGGACGCAAACCAUCGGCGAUGUAGACGUCUUCAUCACCAUCCCCGGCAACUUCAAGGGCAGGGACCUUAACGUCGACAUCAAGAAGACGAAGCUCGUAGCUGGCAUCAAGGGCCAGGACCCCGUCAUCAGCGGCGACCUCCCCCACGCCGUCAUCGUCGACGACUCAACCUGGACCCUCACCACAAACGCCGACGGCACCAAAACCCUCGAGAUCCACCUCGACAAGGUCAACAAGAUGGAGUGGUGGGCCCACGUCAUCACAACGGCCCCCAAGAUCGACGUGACCAAGAUCACCCCGGACGAUUCCAAGCUGUCGGACCUCGACGGCGAGACGCGCGCCAUGGUCGAGAAGAUGAUGUAUGAUCAGAGGCAGAAGGAGCAAGGGCUACCGACGUCGGAUGAGCAGAAGAAGAUGGAUAUUUUGAAGAAGUUCCAGGAACAGCACCCCGAGAUGGACUUUAGCAAGGCGAAGAUUAACUAA